AUGCACUGGACAUUCGAAGCCCACCUCAACCGCGUUCUGGUGCCCCACGAUGCCGUGGAGUUCCAGUUGUUCUCGAAAUUCUUGGGCGCGCUGAGAGGUUUGGCGGCUUCCCGCACCGAGUGGGCCAUCUUCGCGGAGCACGAGGGGCUUGCUGGGUCAAUCGACUUCGUGGCUCGAGAUUCCGCGCAGUGGAUUGCGGAACGUUACUACGGCGCCCGCGUGGCCGCGAUGCAUGUGGUUUGCCUGCACCCGGACAACGGCGACCAGCCAUUCGUGGACGACGUGCCGGAAAUCCCAGACAUCGAGGAGCUCAUGGCCGUUCAGCGCCCGAGGUCCCGGGAGUUGCGGGCAACGGCGUCGGAAGACGCCACCGAGAUAGACCCUCUGGGCGGCUGGCCGCGGCCAGUCGUGGAAACGCGCUUGCCGUAUCGCCUGAGCACCGCGGCCAACUUCGGCGCCAUGGCCACCGACGGCCAGUGCGCUGCCGGUUCCGCGUCCCUGAGCCCGCGCUACUCUGAGUUCGGCGACCCGACCCCGCGCGGGAGGGCUCGCCAGCGGCGAGUUUCGUCUGGUGCCCGCUCGCUGACGCCGGCGCGCAGGAAGCGUCGACUGUCCUCGCGGGCUGCGCGCGCGGCUGCAGCGCGAAGCCCUCAAUCGUCUCCGGAGAGAGACGACGCCCGUGACAUCAAUGCUUUCACGCUGGUGGCAUCGCUGAUCUCAGACGAAGCAGUCGACAGUAUUCUGUCAUGCUUCCUUGCCGUGUUGAGACGGACACUCGCGCGUCGUUUCGCGCGGGAUCAGCAGAUUCGCCUUAACAAAACGCUUAUACUCGUGAAGCCUUUCAGUUCGAGCAAGCGCAGUGCCUCGCGUGGCCCGCGCGGUGCCAGACUGCCUGGAGCCCUUGUUGUUGUGCCUCGCUGGCUUCAGUCUGCCAACGAGGAACUUGCCGCGGUGACAGCCCCCAGUCCCGUUCGCGAUCGCUGCUUCAUUUGCGGGGCGGAUGACGGCGACGUCGACGGCAUCGGCCAAUACCUGGAAGGGUGCGUGGCCACGGUGAAAUCAUUCCCGUUCCCCGAGGUGGCCCAUUUGCGCGCGACGACCUCCGCGCGGGCCAUGUUGGCGUCGCGAUUGGAGCCUCACGGCAACGUCUUCGAACGCGCGCGGUGCAGCGGAGUUUGCGUCGCCUGGGAAGACACCCUGAACAUAGAGCUCACUGCCGAAAUGCUCAGAGUGCACAGGCGGCGAAACGGCAGCGCGGACAGAGUUGAUUGCCUGGAGAACCAAGUUAAGGGUUUCGCCGCGGGGGUUUCGCUCUUGCGCCCCAAGCGGGACAGCGAGGGCAAGUGUAAAUUUGCUUGCGGCCUAUGCCCGUUCCGAUCGUUCUCGACGCAGCUGCUCUUACGCGCUCACGUCUCCAAGUACCGCGUCAGGGAGACGUGCUUCGUGGCGUCUGGCACGAAGCAGUUUAACGUCGUGCGCGCGCUGUUCGACAACGACCGGCUCCUGCGAGCUCCGUUGGGCAACCUGCUGAAGCGAUCUGCGACGACCAUGCGCGAGACAGUAUCUCCCGCCGUUCAUCGUGGACAGAAAUCGGUUGACAAAGACGCUGUCCUUGUCCUCGACGGCGACGGGCCGUCGCAUCAUAACAAAGCUGCAGUCGGGCGGAGUCUCGCGUGCAGGCGAGUGGGGUACACUUACUAUACUCGUGGUUUCGCGGACGUCUUGAUGCAGGAAUCCUUGCGCCACCAUGGGCGCGUUCGCCCGACGAUGCUGCGGACGUGCGCUCGCGUCGUGGAGCAGGGCUCUGAGUUGAGCGGCAUGCUGCCGACAGAUGUCGCUCACUGGCUAAAGCUCAUGGAAGACGCGUUUAACAGCGCGCGCGUAGAGCAGCGCAGCGCUGCGUUGAUGGAGGAACGCCGGAAGCAUCAGGAAUUCCCCCACGUCUUCAUGGACGCCACCAUCCGCAUUCUGCGCAGGGUCAAGGGCCAGGCAGACUAUCGGUCCUCCCAAGCAGUGCGCGACGCAGCGCCCGUGCCAGACAUUGACGCCAAGCGCCGCGCGCUGACCCUUGCGGGCGGGACGGGCGCGGCGCUCGGCGUUUUCCUGACGAGGGACGAGGCAUCUGACGAAAUAGCUGGAGCGAUUACUGGUCGUUGGUCGGAGGCGCGCAGAUCGCAGACUGUGUCCGUCGCCAGUGACCAGCCGAGCAGCGCCUUAUACCGCGCGUUGCGAAACUCGUGCUUCUCCAACCUAAUUUACCUGAGCCUCGACCCGGUUCAUUUGCCCAUCACGCACGAGGAGACGCACUGGAGGAAAAAGACUGGGAUCCAAGCUAUUGCGGAUAAUCAUGGCCAAGUUCACGAAGGACAGAUACUCGACCAGUCAUUCUCGAAGUCGCGAGCUCAAUAUGCGAUUGACAAUGUGAACGCCGAGCUGCCAUGGAGAACGACGCAUGAGUUCAUUGAAUCUAUCGCCGCGCUGAGCGCGUUGGUGCCUGAAGAGCUUGCUCGUCGCACUCACGUGAACAACGUUCAACUCAAGAGGUUGCUUUACGAUGCUACCGCCUCAGCUCGCAUGCAAUGGUUUUGUAACAACCUCCGAUUCAUGCAUUCCUUGCCCGCGGCGCGCUUAGCUUUGCUUGGGUCUGGCACGUCGGUCAACGAAUCAUUCAACCACGAGGUCAACACGUGGUUUCGCAAUCAGGGGGACAUCUACGCGUCGACGGCGGAGCUUCAACUUAGAAUUGGAUUCCUCGGCAAGCUGCGGGCCCACUGUUGCUCGCUGCAUUCGCCGACGCUGCGGCAGCUGCGACAGGCCAAUGUGCUAUCGCGAAGCAUUAUGGCUUGGGCCUUUCCUCGGAAUGGGUGGAAAAGUUACUGCGCACUCGAGGCGCAGUGCGGCACCGAAGUCCCGGCGCCUGCGCGGCUUCCGCUGCGCGAAGCCCGGCAGGGAGUCGCGCGGCGAAUCGCCGAGCGCGCCGCUUGCGUUCAGAUAAAGCCUGCGGCUGCUGGGCAGCGCGGUGCUCAGGAGAAGCCCGCUGCUAGGGCGCUCUUGGACAGUUUGCGCGAUCGUAGAGCGCAUAGGAUUCAGAAGACAGCUUUCACUCUGAAGCGCAAGCCUGCGUCGCGCGGCGCCUCUGGCCAG